UAUCUACUGAAACCUCUGUCUGGCCAGGUUACAAUAAUGUUUGUAUUCCAGCCACACCAAAAGUAAAAGUUGGUACUGACAUGAAUUAUUACCUUGAUGAAAAUCUUGAUGUAGAUUUGCCGUCCAAUGACAAAGUAUGGGUGGGUUAUUAUCAGGUAUUGAGAGUAUUUGAGUAUAUAGGAUGUGUUUCGAUGGAAAGCAUUGUAAACAACGAACAACAUCCCUUUAUUGAAAUAAACGGAGAUCCUGGACAUUGUUUUCCAGGAUGUGGUGAUCACACUAUAGUUGGCGUUACAAAAACAAAGUGUUACUGCCUGGGUUCAGACAUAUUGUUAACACGUCCUACACAGACAAAAUGUACUAACGAAUGUAACCACCCUAUUGUUGCGUGUGGUUAUGAUCAUAAGAUUAUGAAACAUGCUUACUUAUCAAUUUACAAAAUUAACCAUAGAGUCACAGCUAGUGCAAUACAAAAUGCAAAUGAGGAGGGACAUAACUGUCUAUCGUUGAAUCCUACCGUUCCAAAAGACUUUAUUUGGGAUGAAUGUACCUUUGCCUUAGUACCAAUGUGUGCAAAUGUUAAGUAUACAUUGAAUCAUUAUACAAAUAAUCAUUGUGUUUAAGUUUGUUUACCUUUGAAUGUAAACAAACCGUCGAUGUUGUAAAACGCAUUUGACCGAAUUUGGCAAUAGUAUACACAUACAUAAACAUACUCAAUAUUAAUGAUUGCAUGAUUGAAUAAAACUUAGAAAUGCAUUACUUCAGCUUUAUGUUCCAGUUUUAAAAAAUGUCAGAAUGCCUGUAUUUAUCCUGAGGGGUACAGCUAACAUUUCUCAGUCUUUCCCUUGAUAAUAUUGCAAAAAUAUUCAUCCAAAAACAAAUGAUAUAUAUUAAAAAAGCAUUAAAUGUUCUUUCUCUAUUUGAGACUAUCUUUUUCGAAAUGAAGGUUUACGAGAGACAUCACUGGAAAUACAUUUUCUAUUGUAGUUCUUUAGCAAAUUAUAAAACAUGAGUAAAUUGAUAUUUCCGUAUAUUAUUAUUUAUAUAGUUAAAUGUUUUAAGUGUACACUACUUGCUGCAAAAUUAUGAGGUACUUUUAAUGUUUACAAAAGAAAGCAAUUGAAUUGACUACUAGUAUACUUUUGUUACCAACGAAUUUUGACAAGAUGAGGUGCUGUAUUUGAUAUCUUUGUGUAAGCAAGUUAAGUUAAUUUUUAUGAUUUUUAUUAUCUUUAAAAAUAUUGUAUAUACGUACAUUGCAUUCAAUUUUAAUUCUUAUUUUUUUACUGUUUAUUUUAAUUUCAGUAUUAUAUUUUGUUUUUCAAAAAUUGGAUGUUAUAGUUAUUUGAUAAAUGUACUUAUAACUAUCUUUCGCUUCAUUUUCAUGUUCAUCUAUUAAAUAGGAGGUAGUGUUCAAACAUUAAACCUAGAACAUGGAAGUCAACAAUACUUUACAUGGAUUGAUGCAGCGAAUGCUUGUUUUACAUAUAAAAUGUUUCCAACUAAGUAUUCAAAUUCAAAAACUGUAAAAAUAAAAGACGGAUCUCAACUGUGGACUGGGAUGUUUAAAACAAAAAUAGUUUACAAAUACAAUUCAAUCAUUCAUGCUGAACGACGUCAGGAUCAAAAAUUUUAUGGUUACUUAACUAGAAAUGAUGAAGACGAAGUGAAAUUGCAAUUUACAGAAAUGAAUUUCAACCAUAGAAGACUCUGUGAUGACGGUACAAUUUAGAUUUAACGUAUCUUAUUUAAGUGCAAA